AUGGACGCCUCUGUGGAUGUGGCUGCCCGGCCAGUCGACCAUGCGAAUUCAAACCGCAGCAGCAGCUUUACACUCUCCAUCUGCCUACACCAAUACCUGCAGUGGCUCGGGCAGCUCCACAGCACUAUCGGCACCGUCAGCGACGAUGCCUACACACUCGGCCGCCUUCUUCGCCAAGGCGUAUUUCCGCUUCGUCAGCGUACUGGCGUCGUACCCACCGCGACGGAUGCACGAUUGCGCGCCGCCGUUUGCGAACUACUCAUCGGAGACGUCGCGGUACAGUCGGUGCGCCCGCCGGAAGCUAUAUGGGUGACAUCAGCAAAAACGACCAGGAGCGGGUAUACCGCAGCGAGUUUCAGUAGUGCUGCCUCGUCACCGCCGUUGGUGAACACUGAGACCCCUUUCUGCCCUUGUCGCGCCUACUUUGAAGAGCAGAAGCGAGGGUCGGGGGGUCGCUUUCUUUCGCUCAGGCGGCGAAGCAGCCAAGCAAAAGACAAUGACAAGGAAAGCCACACUGGUCACGCGGUAACCAUCAGCAGUGCCAGUGGCAGCAAUGACGAGAGCGACGAUCGUGCAGUGCACCUUAGUGCAGCUGUUCCUAAUUUCCCCGCUAGUUCGAAGAACGCCGUACGCGGUGUUAACAACCUCGGCAGCAGGGACCGCUUCAGUUCUCGAGAUGUCGUGACUUCGGGGAAGAUACGUGUUGGCUCGCGCCCCUCAGACGCCCUGUCCCAGCCGAUGCUUCUCCUCCCUGUCGCUGUGGUCGCGCCGUCGUCCACCACCUCGGCUGAGUUUGGCAACGAUGCUCUACAAGCGAAUUCCGGCAGGGACGCACAAUGCCGUAAGUGUGUUAGCCCUGAAAACAGCGACUUCUCUCCACCUUCGCCUAUUCGGACCUUUCCCUGUGCCCGUUGGCGCUGA